UGCAAAACUCUGCAUUCUUAUGUCACUUUCCCAAAAUCAGCACUCGCCAACCUCAACCUCCGCAUUUCGCUCGUCUGCUCAUGCCACCGGCCAACGUACGCCGGCGAUCGUUUGUUUUUGAAGCUUUCGGCGAGCGGCAUGAAGAGGAGCUGAAUAUCUCAACGAGCUAUUGACGCCGCUCUCCUCCCCGCCUGUCUCAUCGUCAGCUAUCCACAAUCGGUAUUAGUACGGUGCAUUGAUGUACAACGAAGACCAACUAUUGUGGUUUGCUAGAACAAGCACAGUUUUCCUUAUAUUGGCCUUCUGACUUCAUAAAGCCGAAUCAUCUCUCUGAAGUAUACCUACAGAUGGACCAAGGAAGGUCACAGUCUAGAACCCGAGGCUCAGGCUCUACACCGUCGGAUGAAUCAUCUUUGGAUCUUGAAAAGUACAGUUGCAAUCAUUCCUUCCGCACUUCACUAAGCCCGUCAUCGCUUCAACCUCAUGCAACAGGGGGGCAACAUUGUGAGAGUAGUGCCGCAUACUUUUCGUGGCCGUGUCGAAUAAAAGAUGAGGCUGAAGAGAGGGCAAACUAUUUUGCUAACCUACAGAAAACGGUCUUACCUGAAAGUAUUGGACCAUUUCCGGAAGGCCAGCGGGCACAUACGUUACUGGAGCUCAUGACAAUUAGGGCUUUUCACAGCAAAAUUCUGCGCUGCUAUAGUCUUGGCACAGCAAUUGGCUUCCGUAUUCGACGCGGUGUUUUGACCAAUAUACCAGCUAUACUAGUCUUUGUAUCAAGGAAAGUUCACAAGCAAUGGCUUACGCCACUCCAGUGUCUGCCAACUGCUUUGGAGGGACCAGGGGGCAUCUGGUGUGAUGUGGAUGUGGUGGAAUUUUCUUAUUUUGGUGCACCGGAGCCUUCUCCUAAAGAACAAUUAUAUACUGAUAUUGUUGAUGAUCUGCGUGGCAGUGAUCCCUGUAUUGGUUCUGGCUCUCAGGUUGCAAACCAGGAGACAUAUGGAACCUUAGGUGCUAUUGUGAGGAGUCAAACAGGCAGUAGACAAGUUGGUUUUCUCACGAAUCGCCAUGUUGCAGUUGAUCUAGAUUAUCCAAAUCAGAAGAUGUUUCAUCCUUUACCACCAACCCUUGGACCUGGGGUUUAUCUUGGUGCAGUUGAGAGAGCAACUUCUUUCAUCAGAGAUGAUUUAUGGUUUGGGAUAUUUGCUGGCAUUAAUCCAGAGACAUUUGUAAGAGCAGAUGGUGCCUUUAUACCGUUCACAGAUGAUUUUGACAUGAGCUCUGUAACUACAUCUGUGAAAGGCAUAGGAGAGAUUGGAAAUGUCAAAACCAUUGACUUACAGUCCACAAUUGAUAGUCUUGUAGGAAAGCAAGUAACGAAGGUUGGAAGAAGUUCUGGUUUGACUACUGGAACUGUAUUGGCAUAUGCUCUCGAGUAUAAUGAUGAAAAAGGAAUAUGUUUUCUAACUGAUUUUCUAGUUGUUGGUGAGAACCAGCAAACAUUUGAUCUUGAAGGGGAUAGUGGGAGUCUCAUCAUAAUGAAGGGUGAAAAUGGUGAGAAAGCACGACCAAUCGGGAUAAUCUGGGGUGGAACUGCCAAUAGGGGCCGUCUUAAGCUAAAAGUAGGUCAACCUCCAGAAAACUGGACAAGUGGUGUUGAUCUUGGGCGCCUUUUAAAUUUCCUGGAACUUGAUCUGAUCACUGCUGAUGAAGCACUAAGAGUUGCAGUUCAAGAACAAAGAGCUGCUUCCAUGACAGUGGUUGGUUCAACCGCAGGGGACUCGUCGCCUCCUGAAGUAAUGCUCCCCAAGGACAAAUCUGAGCCUCUUGGUCUCCACAUCCAACACAUCCCCUUGGAGGAUUGUGCAGUCGGGCCAGAUAUAAAUUCGUCCCCCAAAGAAAGCAGUGUAUUUGAUUUGGAAGAUGGGGUGAACACAGGUCUUAAUUUCGAGCAUCAAUUCAUACCCAGCUACAACAGGAAGCCCGCUAUGCAUCAUGAUGAUCGACAAGAUAGAGUGGAGUUUGAGAAUCUGUCUGCCUUGAGAAACGCCUGUGAUCAGGACCUAAAUUUUUCUUUGCAGCUGGUCGAGAACGAGCCCAAGAGAAGGAAAUCCGAGCCUGCACCUGCAUCUGGGACGAAGUAACCUAAGUGGUUGCUUCUUUUUUAUGAUUGAUGAUUGUCCCAGUUUCUUGGUGGUGUUUUUGGGCCUUACGAGUAACCUCUCACUCUGACAUUGUUUUACCGAGGCUACCAGCUGGUUUUUAAUUCAAAUUGUAAAAUGAUGAAAUUGAAUUUUGGUACUAACUUUAACAUUUGUGUAUGUUUUGGUUGAAAGGGCUUGCCCGAGGGCCUAUUAAUCUAUCUGAUGAAGUGUAGCUUGGUUGGUAA